AUGGGCGCCCUCGAUUCGGUCGGGACACUGCUGGCAGAAAUUGCGAAUCUCAUUGCCGACGGGCAGCGCAUCCUGAGCCUCUCCGACAAACGGCAUUGGGGGCAGGACGAGCGCGAGCAGGAGCGUGCGCUGGACUCGGUGCUGGACGAGGCCAGGAAGGACUUUCAAGAGCUCGGGCCGCUGGUCAACGGGCGCUCGCAAUACGAGCAUGACCGCAGACAUGAAUCAAUGGAAGAGUUGCGGGCGAUUCGGGCCAAGUUCCAGGCAUUGACGGAUAAGCUAAAAGACUGGAGUCGAUCCGGCGGUCCCAUCGAUCCGACCUGGGUGCGCGAGACAUGUUCACUAAAACGGGAGCUACAUCGAGCUCAAUGUCGGGCGGCAAUGCGAGUAUUCACGUCGGCACGGGAGGCUUCACAGCGGUGUCUGGGCGCCUUCAUCGUGCAGCGGAAGCAGCGCGCCCCUACUCGUGACGCCAAGGCCGGAAUCAAGCCCGACGAAAACACAUAUCGGAGAUAUUUUGCGGACGAACUUUUGGCAUGCAAGAACGUGGGAGCCUUUCAGCGGUUUGGGGAUCAAGAUAUUGCAUUUGUCUGCGACUUUUGCGAUGGUCAUUUGGUUUGGGAGGACAUGGAGCGCAUGCCAACAGUGCGGUCAUCUACUCAGGCAGUGCCACCUGGCUCAUCAGAUGUGCCCGUGUCAUUGUUGGCUAACGACUCGAAUUGGCAAGCAUUGGCCUUGUCCAAUUGUGGCCAGCAUCAGAAGCAAAUCAUCUUCGCCCCGGUGGCCAUUGCGAACCACAUUAUACCGACACAUGGAGAUUGGGAAGCCAAGCUACUAUGUCCACUCUGUGAGGCGAUUGGAGAACAGCCGCAGGACGAAGACGACGACGAGGAGCCGUAUCGUCCUGACGAAGAGUUUGACGACGUAAAGUCCUUACAGGAGCACCUCGAGUGGCAGCAUGGGUCAGGCACGGUACCGACUACAACGACAGCCGACAAUAAUUGCUGUGUCAUGUGA